AUGGCUAUUGUACCUCGUAAACGAAGACGAAGAAUUGUAACGUCAUCCGAGGAAGAAGACGACGACGACGACGAUGAAGAUGAUCAUAACCCAGCAACAGCAACAUCCCCAUUUUCGGAUAUGCAAGAAGAAUUAACACCCACCCCAGAUUGGGACGAUGACGAUGACGACGAAGAUGAUGAUGACAGCGAUCAGAAGAAUGGUGAUUUCGAUACAUUUGAAGAAUUGAGCGAAGGCGAAGAACGACGUCGUCGAGUUGGUAACAGUGCCGAUCCUGAUGAUUUUCGGUACUUGGAUCCAGAAUUGUACGGGCUUCGAAGAUCCGCACGUAGAACAGCAGCAGUAUCCAAUGCACAAAGAAAACACAAAUCUUAUGCAUUGUCAUUAUCAGACGAAGAAGAGGAGGAGGAAGAUGAUUUGAGUGAUCAAGAUAGCAGCGAUGAUGAUUAUGGUGCUACUACAACAACUUCCAAACGCACAAAAAGAGCUACCAGAGUAAACACAACAGCUGGUUGGGAUGAUUCUGAGGAAGAAGAAGAGGAGGAGGACGAUGACGAGAGCUCUGAUGGUGACAUGUAUGGACGUCCUCGAAGGAAAACCAGCAGAAAACGAAGAUCCAACAGGGAUGCACAAUUCUCUUCCAGUGAUGCAUUGCGAUAUUCAACACGUAAAAGGACCGUCACCAACUACAAUGAGGAUAAUGCUGAAAUGUGGGGACUUGACGAUGAUGAGGAUGAUUACAGCGUGCCAACUUAUACCCCACAACUUGAAGAGGAAGAGGAAGGAGAUGUGAUUGAAAGUAUACAUGAUCAUCGGCGUUGUGAAGGAUUUGCUGAUGAUCCUGAGGAUGAUCCUGAACACAACAUGGAAUAUCUCAUCAAAUGGAAAAACUGGUCUCAUUUGCAUGAUACCUGGGAGACUUACCAGCAUUCGAGAUCGUUCAAAGGUUUCCGAAAGGUGGACAACUAUAUCAAAACACAUGUAUAUGAAGAGCUUGAUAUUCGACGCCAUCCUGAUACAACACAAGAGGAUAUCGAGCAACUCAAUAUCAAUACAGAGCGACGACGUGAUGAUAUUCAAGCAUGGCGAACAGUGGAUCGCGUGAUUGCCAUGAAAGGAAAUCCACCUGAUUGCGAGUAUUUUGUCAAAUGGAAACGAUUGCAUUACGAUGAUUGCACGUGGGAAAGUUCAGAAAUUGUAUCCGAAGAGCAUCAAUCCGAAAUUGAUGAUUUCCUUGAUCGUGAGCAGAGCCAACAAAUCCCAUCGCGUUCAACAUCCUACGCUCGAUCACGACCCACAUUUUCGAUUCUUCGUGAACAACCCAGCUUUAUUCGUGGUGGCACAUUGCGUGAUUAUCAAUUGCACGGUGCUAGUUGGAUGUAUUGGCUUUGGUGCACCAAUAAGAAUGGUAUUCUUGCUGAUGAGAUGGGUCUUGGUAAAACGGUGCAAACGAUCAGUUUUCUCAGCACCAUUUUCCAUAAGCAUGCGGUGUAUGGUCCCUUUCUUAUCGUGGUGCCAUUAUCAACGUCGGACAAUUGGAUGAAUGAAAUCAGACAAUGGGCACCUGCCAUGAAUGCCAUUUGUUACAUUGGCAACCGUAAAGCACGCCAAGUGAUUCGCGAGCAGGAGUUUUAUAUCAGCGGCACAAAAAAGCUCAAAUUCAACAUCCUCGUGACCACCUAUGAGAUUGUGCUCAAGGACAAAGACGCAUUGGGAGGCAUCAAAUGGCAGUACCUUGCUGUGGAUGAAGCACAUCGUCUCAAGAAUUCAGAAUCGCAACUGUACGAAUCAUUACAAGGCUUCCAUACUGUGAAUCGACUCUUGAUUACGGGUACGCCAUUGCAGAACAGCGUCAAGGAGUUAUUGGCCUUGGUGGGAUUCUUGAUGCCACAAAUGGAUCUCAGCGAGUUGAAUGUUGAUCUUGACAAGGAAGAUGAUCAUCAACAGGAAAAGAUCAAAAAGUUGCAUGAGAGUCUCAAGAGUAUCAUGUUGCGUCGUUUGAAAAAGGAUGUUGAGAAAUCACUUCCCAGCAAGACCGAACGCAUUCUACGUGUGGAAAUGAGUGAUACGCAACGUGAUUUGUACAAGAACAUCCUCACCAAGAACUUUGAGGUGCUGAAUCGGGGCUCUGAAAAGAACAAAAAGCAAUGGUUGAAUAUUGCCAUUGAACUCAAGAAGGCAAGCAAUCAUCCCUAUCUUUUCCAAGAUGCCGAAUUUGCUACGGGGAGUCGUAUUGAACAGUUGCGUGGUGUUGUGGAAAACAGUGGCAAAAUGGUGCUUCUCGACAAGCUUCUUACGCGGCUCAAAAACGAUGGUCAUCGUGUGCUUAUCUUUUCACAAUUGGUGAUGAUGCUGGAUAUCUUGUCAGAUUACAUGACGCUACGAGGACACCCUUUUCAACGAUUGGAUGGUCGUAUGCGUACUGAAGAUCGUACCAAGGCGAUUGAGCAUUACAAUGCACCUGACAGCCCUGAUUUUGUGUUUUUGUUAUCGACGCGUGCUGGUGGUAUGGGUAUCAAUCUUGUCACAGCCGAUACGGUGAUCAUCUUUGAUUCGGAUUGGAAUCCGCAGAAUGAUCUUCAAGCCAUGUCACGUGCACAUCGUAUUGGUCAGACCAAAUCAGUCAAUGUGUAUCGCUUUGUCACCAAGGGUACCAUGGAGGAAGAUAUUAUCGAACGUGCCAAGCGCAAGAUGGUGCUUGAAUACUGCAUUAUCAAACAAAUGGAUACCUCGGGUCUUUCACUUUUGCCUGAAAAUGCCCUCACCACCGCCUCUGGCAAGAUGCGUCAACUACCCUUCAGCAAGGAUGAAAUGUCUGCUAUUCUCAAGUUUGGUGCACAAAACAUUUUCCAAUCGAAUGAGAAUACCCAAAAGCUCAGCGAUAUGGAUUUGGAUGAUAUCUUGGCGCGUGCUGAACAUACCGAGACCCUUGAAGGACAAGAUAGUGCAUUGGGUAGUGAAGACUUUUUGGCCCAAUUCCAGAUUUCUGAUUAUGGUGGCACGGCCAAUGACUUGAGUUGGGAGGAUAUCAUUCCAGAUGAAGAUCGACGCGCCAACGAGGAAAAGAAAAUGAUUGAGAAUGAGUUGGCCUUGUUUGAACGUGCCGCUAAAAAGAAACGCAAGAUCUAUCGUGAUGAGGAUGACCUUAUUUUGACCGAUGGUGAAGAUGAGCCCAAGGUGUCGAGGAAACGCAAACGCAAAGCUGCUUCUGCUGCUGCAUCCAGCAACAGUAGCGAGAUGACCGAAAAGGAUCUGCGUACCUUGAUACGAUGCUUACUAAAGUGGGGAGAUGUUGAGAAUCGAUACGAUGAAGCUGUACAGCGCACGGAUCUCGAAUUCAAGGAUAAAAAGGUGGUCUUGGAAUUGCUGGAUGAUUUGGUCACGUCCUGUCGAUCCAAGAUUGGAGAGCAGCUGCAGGCCACAGAUAUCAGCGAAGAAGCGAUGCUUCGAGAAGUACGACAUACCAAGCAAAAGGCGAUUCUUUUCACGUGGCGUGGUAUCCAAAGUGUCAAUGCAGGACAAGUUUUGCAGCGUCAUCAUGAUAUGAAGGUGCUUCGACAAAGAUUAUCGUCCAUGGCGAAUGUGCUCAAGUUUAGAAUGUCCCUUGGCGCCAAGCGUGUGCAAGGCUGGUCCUGCGCAUGGGGUCAAAAGGAAGAUGCCAUGUUGCUUGUUGGUGUGGAUCGACAUGGAUUUGGUAACUGGGCCAAAAUCCAAGCUGACUCGGAUUUGGAAUUGGAUGGCAAAUUCUUUUUGGGUCAAGAUGAAGAUGAUUCUACUACUGCAAAGGAGGAUAAACGUACUCCCAAAGCGAUUCACCUUGUACGACGUGCCGAACAACUACUCAAGAUUGUAGCCGAAGAUGACAAGCAUCGACGACCCACCAAGCAACAACAACAAUCCACUUUGAAAUUCUCCAAAGCUAAAAGCCCAUCAUCAUCAUCAUCAUCCACCACGCGAAAGGCUAGCAGUAGUAGUCCUUCAGCAGCAACAAAACUACGUUCUGGAUCACCCAUGUUGUCCAAUGGACAUCAUCGCAAGGGCAAAGCUGCCUCCUCUUCUCCUUCUUCCACAACACCAUCAUCCCAUCAUCAUCAUCAUUCUUCUUCGACAACAACAACACAACCACACUCAUCUUCCAAACGAUCUGAAAAAGAAAACAAAUACCCCGCCGAUGAUGAAAUGUACGAGAGUUAUGAUGAAGACGAAGCACGACGUGUUUUGGAACCCGUACGACACGUGUUAGUCAAAUUACGAGAUGAUACCAGCAAAUUGGAGCCAAGUAAAAAGGCCACCGUGAUCAAAGAUUGUGUCGGCAAGAUUGGUAAAUGUAUUGACAAGGCCAUGGAUCGACUCUCUAGCAAUUAUAGCAGCACGCGACGUCACAAGUAUCAUCGUGAUAUGUGGCUCUAUGUCAAACGAUUCUGGCCAAGCAAAAAGGUACGAUACAAGGAUUUGGUCAAUAUUUGGGAUCGAAUGAAGGCAGCCGAUUCAUCUACGACGUCUCGAUCAUCCAACGACCGAAGAGCAUUACCCAGUGGUGGUAGUAGCAGCAGCAGCAGUAAUAAUCAUAAUACCAACAACAACAACAACACAACAUCAUCCUCCAACAGUAAUUCUUCCUCUCACCACCGUCGACACCAUCAUCAUCAUCAUCAUCAUCGUAGUAGUACCUCUUCUAGCAGUAGCUACCAUCAUCGUGAUCACAGAGACGAACGCAGGGAUCGUCGCCGUUAA